AUGCGGUUUCACAUCCUUGCAUUAUUCCCUCUGGCUGCUAGUGCGGUCAACAUCGUCUCAUCCAACGAUGAUGGCUGGGCGGAAGUGAACAUCCGCGCUCUAUUCGAGUCCCUAGGAGCGGCAGGGCAUUCAGUUAUUGUAUCUGCGCCCGCCGAGAACCAGAGUGGCACGGGGUCAAAGCAAAAAGAGCCGACUACCUUGACUGAGCCGUGUGAGUUCAAUAGCUGCCCUUCUGGCAGCCCGGCCGUGGGAUUUAAUUCCUCAGAGCCCCGACUGGGAUAUGUCAAUAGCUACCCGGUGACAUCGAUGAAAGAUGGCAUCGAUUCGCGUGCCCCUCAAUUCUUUAACGGCCCUCCUGAUUUGGCGGUCGCAGGCCCGAAUGUCGGCCGUAACAUUGGCCUCACAGUUUACAUUUCGGGCACAGUGGGUGCCGCCACCUACGCUGCACACGCUGGAAUCCCCGCUAUCGCCUUCUCGGGCGCUACCGGAUCCCAGACUUCAUGGGACACCGCGCGGCCUCACUACAGUGAUGUCUAUGCCGAUUUGGCAACUAACUUGACAAACCAGGUGGUUGCUGCUGGCAAACCGUACCUACCAAGCGAUAUCUGGCUGAACGUCAACUUUGGAAAAGUUUCUGACUCCAGAUGCACAAAUCCGGCUGAUUUCUCUUUCGUCCUCUCUCGCAUCCAGAUUGCACUUCCAUUUAUUACGCCGGAUGAUGUGACCACGUGCGGCCGUUCGAGAUUGCCAAGCGAACUUGAAGUGUCACUAGCGUCUGGAUGUUAUGCAAGUGUCUCGGUCGGGGUGGCAGCGUCGAAGAGCGACGCCAACGCUACGAUGCAGGGGGUUGUUUUGAAGAACCUGGGCAAUUUGUUGACUUGUCUACCAUGA